AACAGAUGAACCAACGGUCCUCAGACUAACAGCCAAUGGCAAUGAGGCGACGUCCAUUGAAGUGAAUCACACCACCCCUGUGACGUUGUACUGCGAGGUCCAAUCAGAUGUCGUCCCGGCCAGGGCGCUGAUCACCGCCGGAAAGGGUCUGGGCAGGAUCAGAGAAUGGCCGUCCAACAACGAAACCCUCACGGUGACGCUGCCCAGCCUGAGCUGCGAGGAUUCUGGGAGAUUUUUUUGUAGCGGACUGAACGGGUACGAGAAGAACGACACGACGAAAUGGAAAUAUGUGGACAUCAACAUUGUGUGUAAGUUCUAAAUAUACAAACCAAAUGUCAUAUGUAAGUUCUACAUAAACCUCAUGGCACAUUUAAGUUCUACAUAUAUGAACUGCAUGGCAUAUGCAAGUUCUACAUAUAUAAACCACAUGACAAAUGCAAGUUCUACAUAUACAAACCACAUGUGAUAUGCAAGUUCUACAUCUACAAACCACGUGGCAUAUGUAAGUUGUACAUCUACAAACCACAUGGCAUAUGUAAGCUCUACAUAUAUAAACCUCAUGGCACAUGUAAGUUCAACAUAUAUGAACUGCAUGGCACAUGUAAGUUCUACAUAUAUGAACCUCAUGGCACAAGUAAGUUCUACAUAUAUGAACUGCAUGGCACAUGUAAGUUCUACAUAUAUGAACUGCAUGGCAUAUGCAAGUUCUACAUAUAUAAAACACGUGGCAUAUGCAAUUUCUACAUAUAUAAGCCACAUGGAAUAUGUAAGUUCUCCAUGUAUAAGCCACAUGGGAUAUGUAGACAUUAAACAAUAAUAAGUUGAAGUUCUAUACUCUCAAUACCGUGGCUCAUUUUUUUAAAUAUCUCUUCUACUGUUGAGUUAAGCGUACCCCAAAAAUGAGUAAUUUCAAUGGUUUUUCUAACUGAAACUAAAACUCCCCCCAACCAGGUGCUCUGAAACCCAAGGACCCAUCUGUCGUGAGCGUCCCCAACACCAUCCAAGUGUCCCCUCAGGAUAACACGGUCUUCACCCUGGAGGUCUACGGCUACCCGGUGCCGACAAACUUCGGCCUGAAGAUUGAAACGGGGAGGGGCAAGGAGGACGUGGACAAGGGCGGCUAUGACAUCACCUACAUACCACUGACGCCACCUGUCGGCCAGAUCAAGGUGACCAUCUACGACGCCAACACUCGCGGGACGACCACCUACUACGUCAGCGUCAAGAACAACGUCGGAGAAGCUGUUGAGCUGCGGCUGGACGUUGUCAAAAAUGACCCGGUAUUAGCUGAGCCUAAGCCAGGUGUGUUGACAGAGGGGCGUAAGAUAAGUAAUGGUGGGCAAGAAAGAGGGGGUGGCGUCAAAGAUCAGGGUGUGAGAGAUGGACAAAGUGGUGCUAAAGACGUGGCCAAUGGACCGGAACAGAGGAGGACAGUAGGUGACAGAUAGUUUGACAAACAGGUGGAUAAGGAUGUGACAAAUAUAAUGAGAAAGAGCUGGAUAAGGAUGUGACAUAUAGCUCGACAAGGUGGUUGCUAACGACGUGACAAUAGUUUGACUAAGUCGUUGCUCAGGAUAUGACAAAUUGUUUGACAAAGUGGCUGCCAUGACAAAUAUUUUGACAAAGUGGUUGCUAAUUCUGUGAUAAAUAGUUUACAAAGUGGUUGCUCAGGAUGUGACAAAUUGUUUGACAAAGUGGCUGCCAAGGAUAUGACAAAUAUUUUGACAAAGUGGUUGCUCAUGAUGUGACAAAUUGUUUGACAAAGUGGCUGCCAAGGAUAUGACAAAUAUUUUGACAAAGUGGUUUCUCAGAAUGUGACAAAUUGUUUGACAAAGUGGCUGCUAAGGAUGUGACAAACAUUUGACAAGUAGAUGGAUAAAGAGUUGUCAUAUAGUUUGACUCACAUCUCUAUACGGAGGUACCAAAUAGUUCGAUCAAGAAGUAAUUUAGGAUGUGUGUAAAAAGACUUAGUUAUAAGCUCAUUCAUCAACUACUUACUUUAAAAAAAAAUAUCCAUUAGUUUAGAAGUCAUAUUAUUUAGUACCACUAAGAACAAUAACAAAAGUCCGUUUAAAAAAAAAAUUAUUCAUGUAGGAAUUUACGAUUUCGAAAGUGGAGUCAUACAUUUGCUGAUUAGACUAGUUGUCCUGAACAUCUACAGGAAACGGAAGUUGGUAAUGUUCAGAGACCUGGAUUUUAAGCAGGUCUCUAACUUGGGGAAGACGACUAGUUUAGCAACAGUGGCUUAGGAAGCGAGUGUGUGUGUGGGGGGGGGGGGAGGGGGGUCUGCACCAGGUGGAAUUUAAGGCUAAUUGCAGAAUUCUUUUUGUGGGAAGGGGGGGGGGAGAUGCCCCGGUCGAUACCCAUCCUAUCUACGCCACUGUGUACCAAGUCACCAUAUAGACCAAACUGUUAAGGAAUCUGUUUUGUUCCAUAUUAAUAUGACGACAUGCAAAGAGGGAUACAAAAAAAAAAAUCAGACUUUAUUACAGAAAAUGAUUGGUCCCUUUAAGUUGGUAAUGAUUAUAUUUUAAGACAUUUUUUCACCCUGUCUUCACACGUAAAGCUGAUAAAGGGGAUGACAAUGGUGUAGCGAUUGGCGUCGGAGUUGGCGUCGCCUGUGCCGUCAUCGUCAUCGUCGUCGUCGUUGUGGCGGUCUACCUGGUCAGACGUAAACAGGCGAUGCGCAGAGACGCCAGGUUUAGAAACGCAGCGGCGGCGCCGAGGGUUCCCAACCUAUAUGACAACGAGAGUGUCUACGACCACAUCGAAGGUAAUCGUUAACAUUGAAAUGCCAGGUGGACUAACACAUUGAACUAGACGAAAUCACGAAGCCAAGUGUAUUCACCCCCUCAUCAGAAAGGGUUGGACCUAACACGGGCAACUAUAGCAAGAAUGCCAACUUACAAAUUUACCUAUACAAAUAAAUGUCGAAGAAAUUAUUAUUUAAAAAAAAAUAAAUCAAUCACUAGUCUAUAAUUGUUAACAUGGACAAUUCAAUGUUGACAUACUUUUUUUUAACAACGAAGGGCCCUGGGGGUUCCUUGUUAUUGUUUUAAUCGGAGAGGAGGGUUUAGACAAAAGGUGCCAUCAGACAUAAUAUAAGGUGUAAGGUUAUCUUAUGUGUUUAAUGUCGUCUAAGGUGUGAUGUUUUCGUAUGUGUUUAAUGUCGUCUAAGGUGUGAUGUUAGCUUAUGUGUUUAAUGUCGUCUAAGGUGUGAUGUUAGCUUAUGUGUUUAAUGUCGUCUAAGGUGUGAUGUUAUCUGAUGUGUUUAAUGUCGUCUAAGGUGUGAUGUUAGCUUAUGUGUUUAAUGUCGUCUAAGGUGUGAUGUUAGCUUAUGUGUUUAAUUUCGUCUAAGGUGUGAUGUUAUGUUAUGUGUUUGGUGUCGUCUAAGGUGUGAUUUUAUCUUAUGUGUUUGGUGUUGUCUAAGGUGUAAUGUUAUCUUAUGUGUUUGGUGUCGUAUCUAUACCUUAUUUUGCUUCUUUUUAUUACCUGCCAUUGUUUAUGAGUUGUUUUAUAUGAGUAAAUCAAAAUAUAUAAAAAAAUGUUUUUAUGUUAUGUUUGUAAUUUCAGAACAACCGGUCGAACUCGCCAACCCAUAUUUUAACAAAUAGACGUUUGAUGUUAUAGAGACGAGACAUUUUAUAUUUUAGAAUAGAGACACGACAUUCGAUGUCACAGAGACGGGAUGUUAGAUGUUAUAGAACACGCGACAUUUGAUGAUACAGAAACGAGACAUUUAUUGUUAUAAAAACGGGACAUUUGAUGUUAUAGAGACGAGACAUUCGAUGUUAUAGAGACGUGACAUUUGAUGGUAUAUAUAUAGAGACGUGACAUUUGAAGUUAUAGAGACGUGACAUUUGAUGCGAUAGAGACGCGACAUUUGAUGUUCUACACAAACCUUGAAAGAUACUCAGUUUCCAACGAGCGAGUCUUACGACAUACGUUGUAACAUUGUGAGUCCAGAGCCAGCAAGUCUUGGCGUGAAACAAGUCUAACGAACACAGGCUCGGUUCAAUGCCAUUCAAGCUGUUAUUGAAGAAAGGCAGAAAGCGGGACUUGAUACAGAUUACCCUUUGUAAAUUGUGUCCAUGUUAUGGACAUACACUGUCCAUCUGUGUUAGAUAUACCAUCUAUGUAGCCAUGCUGUGUCUAUGUGGAUCUACUUUCUGUCUAUGAAGAUGCAAUGUCUGUCCAUAAAAAUUUACUGUGUGACUAUGCGUCGAAUUACUAUCUAUCUAUGUAGGUAUACUGUGUGUGUCUUUUGGUAGAUACACUGUCCGUCAAUGCGGGCAUACUGUCUGUCUAUGUAGACCUGCUGCCGUCCCAGUGUGUCUAAAAGUACCAUCUGUCAAUGUAUUUGAAUCGGGGUUUUUCUGAACCAGAGUUGCCCACGCCCCUGGUGGUGGUGGUGUGUGUGUGUGUGUGUGGGGUGUGUGUGUGUGUGGGUGUGUGUGUGUGGGGGGGGGCAGUGUAAAAGGGGGUGCGGGAGACCUAGAAAAUAAGGUUCGUACGCAUUAACGUAUUUUCAUUUUUCUGGUCGUGUGUGUGUAUGUGUGUGUAUGUGGUGUGUGUGUGUGUGUGUGUGAGUGAGUGAGGGAGAGAGAGAGGGGGGAUUGGGUUAUGCCGGAUAUUUGUUUUAGCGUCAACAUGGGGGACGCAGGAUAUGUUUUGAAAUUUAAGAAUGUUGAGAACCCCUGCUUUAAAUACAUUGUGUCAUCCCAUAUAUUUCUAGCGCCACAUCUGUCAAGUCUUUUAAUUAUUCGUCUAAUCUGUGCCUGUCUAAUGUCAAUCCCUUACUCAUUUUUUGUUGUUGAGGAAACGAGAAAUUGGUCAGUUGGUCAAUCGGUCAACAUGAAAUCUGUAAAUCUCCUUUAAUCUUUAUUAUUUUAUUUUCAAACCUACUACAGUUUCCAGAACUUUCUCUUUUUUUCAUUCACUGUUUAAUCCAAACCAAACGAUUUUAUAUAUAUAAAAAAAAUAAUUUGUUAUUGUAAAAUAAUGAUAAAUCAUGAAGUCUUUUCUUUCAAAUGAAUUAUUUUUAUCAUUAUAUUUAUACAUACUUAUGCAUUAGAGC